UGCGCUGCGCCGGCGCACUAUGGGCAGUGAGAGUCCGUGACCGGCUCGCGACGCCCGCCCGCCGCCGCCGCCCUUAGCGCCCGCGCCGCGCCCACACAUACGCAUUAUCAAAAUCUAUCGAUAAUAACGCUUGCGCCGAUAUAUAUAUUAUCGGUAGAACACUUGAAGAGUGAUAGGCAUCAAAGAUGGCUGCGGGGGACGUGACGCGACGUGCCUCAAUCACCGCUCCUUCUAUGCAUCGGAGACCAUCUGCGCGUCGUGGCUCUCUCAUUAAGAACCCACAGUCCCAGUCUCAGGAGGUGCCAUGGGACAUCAUCGACCGCUGCGCGUUGCCAAUUGUCCUGUGCCAUGCUCUAGCUGUCGUGUUGUCCACUUUAUUGAAUGCUUUACACCUCAGCCAAAUAUCUGUGUUCACAUUAUUCCUAUGGUUCGCGAUAUCCGUCACUGGUUCACUGUGGUUUUACCAUAAUCUACAGGUAACAGCGGCCGGAAAAGCUGUAUUAGUAACCGGCUGCGACAAUGUCCUUGGAAAUGCAUUGGCACGAAGACUUGAUGACCUAGGAUACCAUGUAUUCGCUGGCUUCCAGAACAAGGCGGGAAAUAUAGAUGCAGAUAUGUUAAAGGAAGAUUGCUCGGGAAGAUUGCAUACAAUUCAACUAGACUGCACCUCUGAGACACAGAUACUGUCCGCUUCGCUGUAUAUUGUGGACCAUUUACCAGAGGGCGCUCAAGGUCUGUGGGCCAUCGUUAACUGUGAAUCGUGGUGUGCUCUCGGCGAAUUGGAAUGGGUUCCUUUCUCGGUCGUCAAACGUGCAAUGGAUGUAAACUUACUGGGACCAGCUAGACUAGUACAAGUGAUGCUGCCUUUAGUGCGACGCGCCCGUGGUCGAGUCGUGCUAGCAUCAUCGAUUCUGACACAUGUGGCUGCGCCAGUGCGUGGCGUGCAUGCUGCCUCGCUAGCUGCACUCGAUGCACUCGCUGCUUGCUUGCGUCGAGAACUGAAACCACGAGGUGUUGAUGUUGUUGUAGUAGCCGCUGGGGAAUAUACUACGGGCAGUGCCUGGUUAUCCGAAGAAAAACUUUUAGAACAAGCCCGCGAUAUGUGGAAAAGACUGAGCGAUGAACAAAAGGGAGCCUAUGGAGAAGACUACUUUGAACAAGCACUGCGCAGCCUAGAGAAAUACACCAAAAAUGCUGACGCAGACCUAACAGCUGUGACACGUGCCCUAAGUGAUGGCGUUACGCGGACUUUUCCGCUCGCUCGCUAUACACCAGUGUCGCCGAGGGAGAAACUUAAGUCUUUGCUGGCUGAGCAUCUGCCACGCUCACUCUAUGAAGGACUCUAUACCGACUAAGGAGAAAAAUGCUUACUUAACUAUUUUAAUAAUCAACCGGAACUUCCUUGUAAACCUGAUGAAUAAUAGCGUUUUGCGUUCUGUUCUUUCUUAUGCAUGCUAUUAAAUCUUAACCAUUCGAGUCAUAUCUCUCAGAUUAAAGGAAUAUUAAAAUGUUCAAAUCAACACUAUUAAAUAUUCUACUCAUACUUUGAAAAUAUAUAAUAUGACUAUGUAUACAACUUACUAUCGCUCACGUUUGUAAUUUAAUCAUCAAUUUGUGAAAUAUGUAUCUACCUAACCUUUUACCAAAUGAGGCCACGGGCCAUCAGCUACGAAGUUGUAGUUCUCACACAGCUACAUAAGUUUUUAAGUUUAUACAAGUUUCUUGAUCAGUUAGGCAAGCUCUUUUCCACUUAAACACGCUCCCAUAGGCGCUUCGUUAGUGAAACGAAUGUAACAACCCAUAGUAAGUCGAUAUUCCUAAUAGAAGAUAGCUUUCAUCUAAAAACAUGUACACUUAAACCUUUUUGUAAAGGAAGACUGUCGUCAAAUAUUAUCUUGAUUUGUAAAAUGCCACGGUCCUGACAAGUUCUUAAUUAUGAAAAUGAAUGACACUAUUCAAAUCUUGUUAGUAAUUAUUCUGAUCCACAGUGCUCCGAAAGUUUUCUUGCUUUUUAUAAAAUCAGUUAAAGAAUGCUGUAUAUUCCAAUUCAUUAUUUUAGAACAUUAUUGUUUGUUGAUUAAUUAUCCCUCCUAUCUUAUUAUUAAGAAUAACACCUAAUAUAAUUAAUUAUCCACACAAUCUCUUGUGUCUUAAUAACUUCAUACUUUCUUUAUGUAAGUUACUGUAUUUAAUAUAUAUAAAUAUCUUUUAUAUAUGUAUUUGUGAGUAUCAUAUAUGUAAUAUAUUUGUGUUUAUAUGGUGCAUACGAACCAAACCGAAAAAUCCGUAUAACGCUAUACCCUUUAAGACGCCUGCGGAACUUCUUUCCUUCGGGAACUGCUAUUGCUUCAAUCUUUUCUCCAUCCUCUCCUAGACUUUUCUGAUGUUCUCAUAUAGAUCCCACACAGCAACUGAUUCAAAAGCUUAACUACAACUUAAAUACAUGUAUUUAAUACAUUGACUACAAAGCCAAUGUAUUAAAUACAUUUAUUUCGAGCUUCGCAAGUUCAACCAUAUAUCCGGUUAUCGCAGUCAACUCAAGUGCCUUCCUAUGAACCUACAAAGAAGUGUCCACAUUCUUCUCUUUUGUUUAAUGUCUUUUUUAAUUCAUCGUAUCCACUUCACCUUCAUGUAAAAUUUUGAUUUCGAGAGAUUGAUACCCAAAUGAAAUGUAGUAAUGACUUGAUUAUGAAUUUACCUUGUUUUAAUACUCAAUGUUAUGCUCAAAAAGUCAUACUCUUCAAUAACUUGAAGAUGGCAUAUUAUUAUUAUGAAAAUCCUUUAAAGCAGGCCUCAUAAAAUUUUAUUGUGACACUCCUGUUUUAUUGAGCCAAUUGUUAUUAAUGUAUGUAUAUAAUUUAUGUGUAUACAGUUAUAGUGUAAGUUUAUCUUUAGCUGUGUAAUUUUUUCCAUGAACAUUCUAUAGCUUUCUUUCAGCUUCCAAAGGUUGACUGUAAGAGACGGGAUUAAGGUCACCAGUGUAUGUCAAAUCUCCUUAAUGUGUCCAAUAUAAAGUAUACACAAAAAAGAUUUACAAUACUAUACGAUAAUACAUAGUGUGUAUAUAUAUAUAACCUACCGUUUCUCUGUAUUUGCUACUUUAUAUCAGGUUUUUGAAAAUAUUUUUAUGAUAAAGCUACUUUUAACAAUUGCAGGUUCUCUAUCAGUACUCUAUAUAUAUUUAUUUUCAUAUUAUAUUCUAAAUUGGUUUGUUAUAUUAUGUUCUAACACAGUGAAUAAAGCUAUAUGAUACUGGUCUACCUAUACGUACAUAGUGGCACUCUUAUCAUGAUUAUUCCUAAAGUAUACAAGACGUUCGAGAUGCAUUGUGAAAAUUUGAACUUUUAGGGCGAUAAAUACCCGUGUACCAAACUUCAUUCAAAUCCGUUUGGUACUUUACAUAAAAAAAUAAUUAACUUUCAUAUAUCCAUUCAUCUACCCAUCUAUCUACCCAUCAUUACAAUCUUUCGUGUUUUUUUUUUUAUAUUAAUAGUAUUUAGAAUUCUCAAUAUCAACUUAUACAUUUUCCAUUUUUGCUUGUUCUAUAAUUCUUAAUUAACUCACAUUACUUGAUCUUUUAUCCUUUUCUAACUACCAUUUUUCUAUGAACAUUCCUAGUAUCAUAGAAAACGCCAGAGUAUUUAAAAAUUGAUAAUAAACAUUACAACAUGUACAAUUCCAAAAUAAACUUGUUGCUUACAUAAAGUCGUCAUAGGAACUGCGAUAUUAAAAAUAUUUCAAUGAAAUUUAAGUCAUACUAAAUGUAUGAACAGAACCUAAGGGAUAAAAAAUCAUAAUAGGAUUUCAUUUGCAUAACCCGUCAAGUUUAAUAGUUCUCUUGCGCUGAAAGCGUAAUAUGAGUAUUAACAGAGUACACCCUGAUCUAAGCCCAGAGCGGCAAAAACGAGGGGCGCCAUAACUGAAAUUGAAGACGACCUAAAAAAAGCGUAAGCACUCCACUAUUUUCAUAUAUUCUUAAGUUACGCUUAUAAAAGAUUUUUUUCAUUGUCGAUAUAGAGUAUUAUAUGACAUAUUAUUAAGGACGACAAAUAUUUUAUUCGAAAAAGCUACAUCGAACCCUGUGUAUUUAAGAAAGCGAAAAAAUCAACAGUUUGUACCUGUAUAAUUAUCUAAUUCUAUCCAAGUUUCUUCGUUGUUGUAAUAAAAAGUUCUACUAUUCCGAGUAUAAUACUUAUUUUAGGAAUAAUCGAAUAAGAUAGAUCAUGGAACGUUUCCAACCUGUAUAUAUAUAAGUAAUUAUUGGCUCUCAAUCAAGUCUGUCAGCCACACACUUCCCCAUGAUCCAUUUUCGCGUUUAAUAAGAAAUAAAAAUGUGAAAUACAUGUUAAGUUUGACAUAAACGAGUGAAAUAGCCAUCACUGAACUUAUACUUCAUUAGUUUGUAAUUAGAAAAUAGAUAACUGUUUUAGUAUAUAUUUAUGUGCUUUGUUUGUUUGUUAAUUAUCAUUUUAAGACAAUACAAAUACCUAGAUGCAUGCAUUUUAAAUAAGAACAUAUUUAAUGUUAUAUAUGUGUGUAUAUAUAUAUACGUAUAUAAUAUAUGUAAAUCAUUUAAGCAUAUAUAUCUUGAGAAGGAUUAUAUAUCAACCUACCAAUGAGUACCUAUUUAAGGUAUAAAUUUAAUACAUUUUCAUAUAUUACUGUAUAUAGUGUUUAUUGAGGAGUCAUAAUGUUGCGUUUCAACAAGUAUAUUAUGUCUGUAAGUGUGUCAAAUAUAUACAAAUUUGUUAUUUUGUAAGUGCAUUUAAGUACGACAAUAUAUCUUAGUUCAACUUUAAUGAGUAGUUCAUAUACAUAUAUUGUGCAGUGUGUAAUUUCA